AUGACUUAUGCAAAAUUGUAUCCUUCUUUGGUUGUCAAGAAUUUGAUUCAACCAAUAAAUCCUCCACAUACUCCUAAACCUUUGCCAUGGUGGUUCAAACCAGAUCUUCAUUGUGCCAUUCAUCAUGGAGCUCCCGACCAUGACAUUGAAAAUUGUUAUCAUCUGAAGCAUGAGGUCCAGAAACUAAUCAAAAGCAGUAUGGUGUCCUUUGAAGUCCGCAUGCCUAAUGUCAAAGCUAAUCCGUUUCCUACAUAUGGCAAUGCUUCUAUGAAUAUGGUAGAUGGCUGCCCUGGGAAUUUCAGGGUUUUCGAUGUUCGUCAUAUUCGCCAGUCUUUGGUAGAGAUCCAUAGAACUCUGUGCUUAAUCAAUGAUUGUGAGCAUGAACAUGAUGGUUGUGUUAUCCAUAGUGUCAACUCUCAAGGAUGUGUGAUUGUCAAUAGGGAUAUUCAAAAAUUGGUAGAUGAAGGUGUAAUUCAGAGCCAACAAUCUAGGCAUAUGGGGAAUGAUGUAAAUGUUAUUGUACCAGUAUUCAAGACUCCGGAGCGAGUUCCUCUUCCCGCUGCAAAUUCAGUGAUAAGCAUUGCAUAUGUCAUUAAGGUGACCCGUAGCGGUCGUGUAUUUGGCCCAAUAUCUCCUAAGGUUGUGGAAGAUGCUGGUAAGAAGGCAAAUGUUCCUUCAGUUGAUAUUGUUAAUGUUCUAACUUGUCAGUCUGGUGAAUCCAGCAGGUUGAAGGAUAAAGAUAAUGAUAAUGGUGACGUCCUACGAUUAAUCAAGACGAAUGAGUUCAACAUUGUGGAGCAGCUGCUCCAAACACCAUCAAAGAUUUCUAUGUUAUCUUUACUAAUGAACUCCGAAGCGCAUAGAAAGGCUUUGCAGAAAGUGUUGGAGCAAGCAUAUAUAGAGUAUGAUGUCACAGUGGAUCAGUUUGAUCAUAUUGUCACCAAUAUCACUUCAUGCAAGAAUCUAAGCUUCCGUGAUGAAGAACUUCCCGAGGAAGGCAGAAAUCACAACUUGGCGCUCCAUAUAUCAAUGAACUGCAAAGAGGAUGCUCUAUCCAAUGUUUUGGUGGAUACUGGUUCACCAUUGAAUAUGUUGCUUAAGUCAACUUUGACAAGAUUGUCUUAUCAGGGCGCACCAAUGAGGUACAAUGGUGUGGUGGUAAAAGUGUUUGACGGUUCCCUAAAAACUCUCAUUAGAGAGGUGGACCUUCCAGUUAAGAUUGGUCAGAGUGAAUUUCAAAUUACUUUCCAAAAGUUGAAAUUUGUUAAGAACAGAAAGCUCAUCAUUAUUGGUGGAGAGAAAGCGCUUUUAGUGAGCCAUCCGUCAUCCUUCACCUAUGUGCAAGCUGAAGAAGAGGUUGGAAUGUCGUUCCAAGCUUUAUCUAUUGCUGAAGAGGUUCAAAGGACUGAGGCAUCCAUGUCUUUUCUGAAAGAUGCACAAGAGGUUGUUCAGGCUGGUGGCACCAACAAGUGGAGUCGUGUGGUAGAGGUAGUCGAGAACAAGAACAAAGUUGGGUUGGGAUUUCAGCAAGGGCCAUUCAACAGCAGCGUCAAGGCUAUACAACAAGUUUUCCGCAGUGGAGGUACCACGGCUUCCCCUUUUAAACAGAAUAAGGGUUUCACUUAUAAUUCAAACUGA